AUGGACGGAGCAGGAGCAGAAGUUGAAUCUCCAGAUAUUGAUGUCUGCCUAAACGCCGAGUUAGAUAUAAACUUCGCCGUCGACGAUAGCAGCAUUACGCAUCUCGCCUCUCCGCCUGAGACCGAUUCCUCUAAUGGUAAGCCCUCAGGGGAUAGUCCAGACUCUGAUAGACCUUACCAUUCAAAACGGCCUCACAAAAAAUCUCGAGCCGGAUGUCAACAAUGCAAAAAGCGUAAAGUAAAGUGCGACGAGACGAGGCCAACAUGUAAAGCAUGUAGGCUUCGAAAGGAGAAAUGCAUAUAUCCAGCCACCUCGGCUUCGGCAGCUUUAUCUACAACCCUAGUCUCUAGAACUACUCCCAUCUCUAACUCUUCUUCUCCUAUAUCUUCACCUCAGCCAUCUUUUAAUACCGAUCCCAGCACUAUAGUUAUUUCCGAGCCUCUAUUUCGGCCACGCGAGAUGACUGAUGCCUUAGAUAUGAAAAUGCUGUGGUUCUAUACUAGCCGAGGGUAUCAGUUCUUCUCAAUCCAAACCGGUCGUUCUCCAGCAGUCGAUCAUGUGCUGCAGGUGAAAGUUGUCCAGCACGCUUUUCAGUCUCCUUUUCUCAUGGACUGUUUGAUGGCAGUUUCGUCACUACAUCUCCAAUCAAUGAACCAACCUGUUCCGGCUCAACGCACAGCAGCUUAUUGCUACAGAGCCUUCCAGGGUUACCGGAAUGCUAUCGAGGCAGCAAAUCCACGUGACUUUCCUGCUCUAAUAGCAUGCUCGCUCCUGAUGGUGGCUGUAAGUAGUCAGCCGUUCCGGGACCCGGAUGCAAAGCCGCUGUACGUGGUGGAUUGGAUGCAUGUCUGGCGAGGAAUUAGCCUCAUCUUUGAGAUCGUCACGCCACGAGUCCUCCAAGAGUCAGGGAUGGCAAUGCUAUUCUACCGACCACCGGUAGACCUGGAGAAGGCGGCCACGUACAUACCGAACAACUUACUAUUCAUGGUAGCCUCUAUUAAGCCUGGUGAUACCGACGAUGAGCAUCAGCAAACAUAUUAUGAUAUGCUCAAAUGCCUUGGCUCGCUUUAUCAAGAGGUCAAAGAGCAUGGUUUCAGUCCUAUCCUCGAUCUUCGCAUCGUCACCUUCCUCACAUUUGUCCCAAAGGCGUUUAUUCCGCUUGCUAAGGAGCAUCGACCUCGGGCCUUGGUCCUCUUGGCUCAUUAUCUGGCUUUCUCUAAAUUAACUCAAGACGUGUGGUGGGUGGAUGGUAUUGCAAACAGAGAAAUUGGGCAUAUAUGCGAAUCCGUUGGUGAAGAAUGGGCGCAUCUGCUAUGUGUCCCUCAGAUGGUUCUCAAGACAGAGGAUAGAGUCGAAAUCGCGCGGUUAAUCAUCAAUACUCGAAAUUGGACCCCCGCCGAGAUGGAUCGAUAUGAACAAGACCGAGAUCCUAGGUUAAUAACCGAUCUCAGGCUAUUCGAUAACCAGGGCUCCGAAAUCGACAUUUCCCAGGGCGAGUGGAUGAUUAAAACGCCCACUCCAAUGUCAAACAAUUCCAACACUAAUAUACCCAAAUAUUUAGACCCGUACCCUGAACUAUCUAGUUCGAUUGCAGAAGUCUUGUCCAAUCCAUCAUAG